AUGCCGCCGCCCAUGGAGGAGCUUGAAUCUUUGCUGCAAUCUCUACAGGCUCUGAAACCGCCUGGAGCAACAAAACCGAAGAUUGACGCCAUCACCUCACUCUCCAUCAACAACAUCCGGGCCGCCUCGACCAUUGUCCAAAAGAUCAACACCCAAUUCCAGAAUAGCCCUAUCACCCACAAGCUUGGGGUGCUCUAUGUUGUAGACUCCGUGACCCGACAAUGGGUGGAGAUGAUUCGCAAAUCCGGACAAGCAUUCACUCACAAUGCCACCGAAGGAACAUAUGCGUUUGGGGUCCAGAGGAUGUCGGACACGCUUCCCUUGAUGAUGAAGCCGUUGAUCGAGUCUGCGCCAGACAACCAAAAGGAAAAGAUUGUGAAACUAGUUGAUAUCUGGGAGAAGAGCCAGACCUUUCCGCUUCAAAUGCUUACCAGCUUCAGGGAGCAGUUGAAGACACCAAAAACAGUUCCUCCUCCAUACAAGCCACCAGGAGAAACCUCAACGAACAACCCAGGAUCCGCUGCGCCAAUUCCAGCUCAGGCUGCGCCCAGCAACGGCCAAGCAGCUGCUCCGAGACCUGAUGUGAAUGCUGCUCUUGCUGCGCUAGUCAAUGUUCUCAACCCGGCAGCCCCUCAGCCUAUAUAUCCUGCUCAGCCUCAGUAUGGCACAAAUGGACAUGCCCCUGGGCCUGGUAGUCAUUAUGCGCCUCCUGUCAAUUCUUCUGCUGCUCCUGUUUUCCAGACAGCGCUGGGUAUGCCUGUUCCCAGUGAUUUGAUGACGCAGUUGUUCCAAGCUGUGACGCAAGGGACAAUACGACCAGAACAGGCCACUCAGAUCAUAGAAAUGGUGCAAAACUCUGCUACUGCCGCACCAGCCCAGCCCUCUAUUCCGACUCGGACUGAGGAAGCCUAUCAGAAUGGUCAAGGCAAUGGCCAUCAGCAAGAGCAUUCGGGUAAUCAAGCGCAUGAUCCAAGACCGGGCGGACAGAACGCCCCCAAUGUUCAACAAGGUCUCUAUCGUGACCGUAGUCAGUCCCCGCCGCGUCGCCGCGUAAGUCCAUCACAUAGGAGAGGAAGCCCUCCGCAGCGGCGAGAUAGUCCAACAUAUGGCGUAUACGACCCAUCGUCUAUUUCUCAAGCUAAUAACGGAGGUCGACAGCAGCACAGCGAUCGCGGUCGUGGGCGUGGUAAACGCCAACGUACUCCACCGGGUCAGCGCCGUCAGCAGAGCCCAACGGUGAAGGGCCCUUCUCGUGGUCCCCAAGCCAAGUUCGUCGAAUAUGACGAUUCUCUGCCUAGAGAUUGUAUUCGGGUUCUUAGCCGAACUCUAUUUGUCGGAGGGGCGACUGGUACCGAACGUGAGCUACGUGACAUCUUUGGCAUGUUUGGCAAAGUCCAAACUUGUAUUGUCAAUCAUGACAAGCGGCAUGCAUUUGUCAAGAUGGUUAACCGGCAUGAUUCACUUGCCGCUAGAGAGGGCAUGGAGCGAUCCGAAAAAUCUCAUGAUCCUAGCAUCUCAGCAAAAGCCCGACAAACACGAUGGGGUGUUGGCUUCGGCCCACGUGACUGCGCCGACUACCAUACCGGCAUCAGCAUCAUCCCAAUCAAUCGACUGACCGAGGCUGAUCACAAAUGGGCUAUGACUGCGGAGUACGGCGGUACCGGUGGUAUUCCGGUUGCGCCCGGCAUGGUCUUCGAAGAGCCCGACAUCGAGAUUGGCGCUGGAGUUUCGUCGAAAGCCAUCAGCCGUCGUAUCGUUCCUGAGACGACGGGAACUAGACGUGGAGGCUUCGGAGUAGUGAAUGUUACUCCCCGAGCCGCCGAGCCGCCUAACCCACCACCUCGGUAUCGUAAGCCAGAUCGACCUGAACCGCGACGUGCAUCUCCCAGACUUGAGGCUAUCACUGGUGUCCCCCCCCCUGUUCCAGGCUUUGGCUUCCAGAUUCCUGGCAUGCGUUCUAACUACUAG